UUUCCAGUUUUUUAUUAUGUUCGUCAUUCAAUGUCACAAUUAAUUUUAAGUUCAAUACAAAAAUUAAUGUCAAUACAAAUUGGUUUAGAAACAAAACGUUUAUUAUUAGAAUUUUGUGAAGUUGUUAUAAAAUGGGAACAGGAUAGACAACAACAAUUAAAUUUGAGCAGUAAUUCUAAUUGUAAAGUUGAACAUGUUGUAGUAGAACUUGGUGAUGAUAAUGAUGAUAAUGUUGCUCAACAACAACAACCUAGUACUUCAAGUAAUAUUGAAAAUGAGCCUUCAAUUCCUCUACCACCUGAUUCAAACAAAGAGAUGGAUAAAAAUUUUAUUGAUACUGUAAUUAUGUUUUUGUUUCGUAUGGCUACAUCUACAGAUCAAUUUUCUACAAGUAGUGGUGGAGGAUCUUCUGCUCUAGAACAAAUUAAUAGACGUGCUCUACUUCUUUUACGUGUAGCUUUGAAACCAAAUAUUUUUGGAAAUGUUGUUACUAUUCGGACAAAUUUAUUUGAGAAACAAUUACAACUACCAAAUCCAGAACAAUUUAGUACAGCAAAUGAAACUGCAAUAAAUCAACAACUUCAAUUAGUUAAUAUAACUUUGGAUGUUCUUUCGAAUAUUAUACCUCAUUUGUCUCAACAAUUGCUUGUAGAUUUAUUUCGACCAUUACAAAGAUCAUUAAUUUGUUGUAUGAGUUAUAGCAAUUCUCAACAAAUUCUUCGUAGUACAUACAAUAUUUUGGGUAAACUUCUUGAUAAAACAACAAAAAAUAAUGCAGCGUCAAUGACACCUCCUCCUGGUCUAAAUGAUUUUGAUUUACUUAAUCAACAUAUUAGUCGUUGUAUUCAUGAUGCAUUUAAUAAUUAUGCUUGUUCUUUAACGGCUUCGCCUCCAAUGACAGUUAUAACAUUAUUGAGAUUAAUGCAUUCAGCACAAUCUAAUUAUUUGGAAACUGUUUGUUUAGGAUCAUUUGUUAAACUAUUACAAAGACUUGUUCGUGAAUAUGUUGCAACAAAUUUUACUUAUUCUGCUACAACAGCAAUUACACCAAUUCAACAACAUGAUUUACAAGCACAAAAAUUAAUUGGUGAUUUACUUUCAAUAUGUUUAGAAUUAUUAUGUUCACGUACUCGUUAUUUUAAUACUGAAGCACAAAAAACUAUUGUACAAUUUGUUAUAAUACCUUUAAUUGAGAAGGGAGCAGCAGAUAAAAUAAUUGAAAAUGUUAUUAAGAUUGCAACAGAAAUUCUUACAUCAGAAGUACAAUUAAUUUCUGAACCAUUUCAACAACAAUUACAACAAAUUACAUCAACUCCUCAACCAAAUAUUAAAAUUCAAAGUUUAGGAGCACAAGUUUUGAUUAAACUUUUUUCAACAUUAGAAUCAAGAUUAACAAAUAAUUUUGAAUUGAAAAAUUUAUUUUUAAAUGCAAUAAUUUUAUUAUAUGAAAAUUCGUCGUCUUUAAUGUUGAGUGGUAGUGACGGAUUAUUAAAUAUUGAAAUUAUUCAACCAGCAUUUUAUUGGGGUUUAUGUUGUGUGGAUAAAGAACUUCGUAAAAGAUUUUUCACAAUUCAUCAACGUUUAUUUCCUCCCAAUUUAUUUGCUCGAUUAAUAUAUAUUUUUACAAAUGAACGUUGGGAUUUAUUAAAUUCUUCUACAACAAAUUCUUCCUCAUCUUUAAUUAUUGCACAUUUAAUUAAUUUAUUAUUAAAUGCUAAUAAAUCAACUGAAUGGAUAGAAAAUUUUGUUGAUUUACUUUAUAUUGAUCCAUUAUUAUGUCAACAAACAUUUAUUGAGUUAUUCACAUCAAUAUGGUCCAAUUUAAACGAAAAUGAACGUGAAAAAAUUUGUUCUUUUAUAACUCCAUUUUUAACUUCAUCAGCAUUUUGUAUACCAACAACAACAACAAAAAAUGGAGGAAUAAAAAAAGAAGAUUAUUUUGAGGAAGAUAAAGAAGAAAAUUUUGUUAUUUCAACAAUAUUAAAAGCUUUAAUUAAAUGUAAAAAGCCUGAAAUUGAAAUUGACCCAGUUGUUUUAAGCUAUGUUGGAUCAAAUUUUAAAUGUUGGCAUAUUGCUCUAUUAAAAUUAGAAAAAAUUGCGAUAAGUAAGAAAGCAUUAAUUUCUAAUAUUGGCGGUGAAAUAACAACGUCAGCUUGGAAUGCUGCAACAAAUUUAACAGAAGAAAAAUUGGAUACUCUUGAUUCAUUAACUAGACUUUAUCAAUUGCUAAAUGAAUUUGAUCAAUACAAUUUUGUAUGGAGAAAGCGUGCAUGUUUUGAAAAAACAAUUAAAUGUUUAGCAUUUUAUCAACAGGGCGAUUAUGUUCGUGCUCGUGAAACAGCAGAAAAAUUAAUGUUGUAUUUAAACGAAAAAUUAUUUAAAUCUGAUUCAUUAAAUGCGGUAACACCUGCAAUACUAUCAGAAUUUCAAAUAUUUGAAAAUUGUUGGAUUGAUUCUUGUAAACAACUUAAUGAUUGGACAUCUUUAGAAGCAUUUUCAAAUUCGGAUGAAGUUGCAAAUAUUAAUUUAUUGACAGAAACCGCUUGGCAUUUGAGUGAUUGGAAGCUUUUAAAAGAUUGUUUAAUUCAACUUGAUGCUGCUGGAGAUCCGUCAAUGACAAUAAAAUCGUCUCUUUACAAAUUAAUGAUUAAAAUUGCUAAUUUUGACCAAUUAGAUGGAAAAGCAUUUGAAGAAAUAAAUAAAAUGUUGAUAACAAAUUGGAAAAAAUUGCCUUCAAUAAUUUCACAUUCACAUUUGGAAAUUUUAAAUUUGGCCCAUUUUACACAUGAAGUUUGUGAAUCUGCAAAUGUUGUAAAUAAUAAUUUACAAUCAAUUAAUUUUCCUUCACAAAAUGGAUCAUCUUCUUCUUCAUCAUCAAAUAAUUUAAAUACUUCUGUUAAACAUUUGUUAAAAUCUUGGAGGUUUUUUUUUAAUUUUUUUAAGAAUAAGGAUUAGGUAUAGGGAAAUUGGGUAUAGGGAUCGGGUAUAGGGAAAAUUAUGGUUAUUUGUAUACCUCAAGAGUUCAGACAAGUUAGGAUCCUUAUUCUUGAGGAUUUCCCAAAAUUUUCCCUGUACCAU